AUGGGUACGAAGAAAACUAUAAAGAUCACGGUGGUCGGCGAUGGUAUGGUUGGCAAGACCUGCCUCUUGUACGUGUACACUAAGAACGAAUUCCCAGAGGAAUAUGUACCAACAGUAUUUGAUAACUACGUGGGCUACAUAACCGUCGACGGUGUAGAAGUAGAGAUGGCGUUAUGGGACACGGCGGGACAAGAAGAUUACGAGCGCUUAAGGCCAUUAUCUUAUAACUCGACUGGCUGCUUUUUAGUCUGCUACUCGGUUGGCAGUCGAUCCUCAUAUGAGAACGUAGUUCACAAGUGGUAUCCUGAACUAAAUCAUUUCAGCAGUUCUGUCCCUAUCGUACUAGUCGCCACGAAAACAGAUCUAAGGGCGUCCGGUAAAGCAGUUGUCACAACACAGGAAGGGAAGAAAUUGAAGAAGAAAAUACGUGCCGCCCGCCUGGUGGAAUGUUCGGCACUGGAAAGAGUUAACAUGAACGAAGUAUUCGAAGAGGCGGUCCGCGCCGCGCUACGGAAGAAGCCCGUCCCCAAACGCAGCUGUCAAUACCUUUGA